GUAUUACAGCUAGAUCAAGCGUAUUUAGGUAUGCCACAGAAAUACUUUUUUAAAGAAAGAAAUGAUACAAUGAUCAUGGCGUAUGAAAAUCUGGCUUUUCAAGUUGCAACUAUGUUAGGUGCAGAUAAAACGGUAGCUGAACAAGAUAUGAAAGACAUAGUGGAUUUUGAAAUACUUCUUGCAAACAUUAGUGUACCAUCAGAGGAAAGGAGAGAUAGUGAAAAAUUAUAUAAUAAAAUGACCUUUGCUCAACUUGCUCAGAAUUAUUCAGAGUUUGAUUGGUUAGGAUAUAUCAAUUCUAUUAUGUCAUCACCUAAAAUACAAAUAGAUAUCACCGAAGACGAAGAGAUCAUUAAUUAUUCACCGCCAUAUUUUGACAAACUGUUUUCAUUGCUUAAUAAUACUCCAAAAAGAACUAUUGUAAACUAUUGUGUCUGGGGAAUUGUAAGAAAUAGAAUUAGUUCUCUUGGAAAAGCAUUUCGUGAUCUUAAUUUGGAAUAUUCUAAGGUAUUUACUGGAACCUCUACGGAACCUGCUAGAUGGAAACAGUGCAUUGGUGCAGCUUGGAUUGUUGGUGACGUUCUUGGAAAAAUGUUUGUUAAAGAAGCUUUCGACGAAGCAGCCAAAGCUGAUGUGUUGAAAUUAAUUGGUAAUUUGAAAUUAUCGUUUGAAGAACAACUUGUUUCAAACAACUGGAUGGAUGAACCGACAAGUAAAGCUGCCAAAGAAAAGUUGGACGCAAUGAACAAGAAAAUUGGUUAUGAUGAAAAGAUACUAAAUGAUACAUAUCUUAUGAAGCUCUCUGAAAACUAUACCGUUUCUGAAGAUGGAUAUUUUAUGAAUAUCAUUAAUUUCAUGCAAGAAGCAAAUGCGGAGCAUUUUAGAGAACUCAGAAAACCUAUUGAUAAAACAAAAUGGUUUAUGUUGCCUCCGACAGUGAAUGCUUACUAUUCUCCAACAAAUAACGAAAUAGUUUUUCCAGGCGGCAUUUUACAGCCUCCAUUCUAUCACAAAAACUUUUUGAAAGCUAUAAAUUAUGGAGGAAUUGGAGUAGUUAUUGGACACGAAAUAACUCAUGGUUUUGAUGAUCGAGGUAGACAAUAUGAUAAAACUGGUUCGUUAAGACAAUGGUGGUCUGAUGAUGUUGUAGAAGUAUUUAAAACUAGAGCUCAGUGUGUGAUAGAACAGUACGGUAAUUUUACUGUUGAAGAAGCAGAGUUACAGAUCAAUGGUAUAAAUACACUAGGUGAAAAUAUAGCUGAUAAUGGUGCUGUAACGCAAAGUUUUAAGGCUUACAGAAAAUGGGUUGCUCAAAAAAGAAAGGAAGAACCAAAAUUACCAGGUUUAGAUUUCUCACCGAAUCAACUUUUCUUUAUAAAUUUUGCACAGGUAUGGUGUGCUAACAUGAGGAAACAAAAUGCUAUUGGUAGAGUUCUAUCGGGUGUUCAUAGUCCUAGUAAAUACAGGGUGAUAGGAACUCUCCAAAAUUCACCAGAUUUUGCCAAGACAUUUGGUUGUCCUGUAUCAAGUUAUAUGAACCCAGAGAAGAAGUGUAAAGUUUGGUAG